GUUCUAGUCUUCCUGGAGUCCCCAUCUCCAGACCUUUGCUGGAACUUGACAGAACCACCAGACCUAGAAAGGAUACGUUCUUCGGAUACGGCUCCAAUCUUGCUGCUCUCAUUAGAUCAGCUGGGUGUGAAGUUCAAUAUCCAAGGCAUCAUGCAAAAGGUACGACGCUGGCUGGUUGAAAGCGAAGAAAGGGAAGCAGCAGAAGCGGAAACUGACGAAGAUGUGGUUGCACAGUGGACCUCAAUGCUUUUUUUUUC